AUGGAAUCCAACACAUACUCAGCACUUUGUGAAGAAAUAUACCAAAAAAUCACGGACAAGUUACAAGGAAAACCGGAAGACGGACGCCGCUUCGCCGUCAGAGGAACUGCCAAAGAAGUGCUGAAUGACGACCUUCUAGGACGUUUUUUCAGCAGUCUCAGCGUCUCCGAGGAUGAUUUGACGUUUAAGGAACUCAGCAACGAUAUUUUAAUACGGAGAGUUGCUGAAAGGGAUCUGUACGACUUUUUGGCUACUCUGAUCUUCAUAACUUGCAGCAUUCACGCCGCGCGAACCUUCACCACCGAGCUUGUUGCUCAGGAUGCCUGGCCAAUCAAUACCUACAAGCUGCCAGUCUCGCGUGAAGUUCUGGCUGCUCUGUUUCUAGACCCAGUUACGCCGGACAAAUUCCUUGAGCAUCAGGCAUGUUUUUGCCCUAUGGUGAUUUACAAGCGGCAAGAAACUCGCAUUGAAAAUCCAGAAAGACAGCGUCUUCCUUAUCUCGAAGAAACAUUUCUCAGCGAAGGAUCUUUCGGUGCGGUAUAUAAGGUAAAAAUUGCGAAAGGUCACUUCUUCGAUACAACAAUGAACUGUGCCAACGACGAGCCCAUAGAAAUUGCACGGAAGGACUACAUUACUGCGAAGCGAUCACCGCGAGGAAAACAAGAUGAAGAAGCUCUUGUUAUGCAGAAAAUCCUAUCAGCUGUCUGGUCUUGCAAAAAUGUUGUGGAAAGCUACGGAAGUUUCGCGGUCGGCCCAACAACGUACAGUCUGUUUAUGCCGCUCGCCAUGUGUGAUCUAUGGGCAUAUAUGAUGCAAUACACACCACAGUGGCCUGACAAGGCAGCAAUUAUUUUUGCCGCCCAGGGUCUUGCCAACGGGCUUAACUUUCUCCAUAACGGUAUAAAAACAACAGAAGGCGAGAGGCUUGUUUGCUACCACAUGGACCUGAAGCCCAAGAAUAUUCUGGUAUUCUCGGAGGAGGUAGCUGGAAAGGUUCAUUAUGUUUGGAAGAUCAGUGACUUUGGCAUGUCUCGUGUGAAAAGACUGAGAGUAGAGCAGUCAGGUGGGCGUAGCGAGAGAGAGGAUAACUUCAACGACUCUUUUGUGCGACGUGAACAGCCGGAAGAUCCGUCUGGAACCAUGAAUCGCCGAGAUUAUUCAACUUAUCUUGCGCCAGAAUCCAUCUCUGCGAAUCGGGACAUGAAAGCAAGCAGUGAUGUGUGGUCUCUUGGCUGUGUUAUCAGCGUCUUGUUCGCAUAUCUGGAAAGUGGUGCUGAUGGGGUGACAAAUUAUUCGGAUAAAAGAGUAGAGUAUCGCAAAUCAGAAGGCUUCGAUCGCUUCUUUGUUCGGGACGGGGGAUUCAAACCUUAUCAAGUCAAUCCCGCGGUCAAAAAAUUCCACGACGCUUUGAUAGUCAAAGCAAGAACGCGAAAUCCGAAUGAAGGAACCGCGGUGCGACUUAUCCUGGAGCAUCUUGAGAACGAUGUCCUCAAAGAUCAAUCGAAGAGAUGCACUGUGUCGGUAAUGGAAGACAUGAUCCGAGCAACAUACAUGCGGUAUAAAAAUCUGGAGCAACCACUGAUGGAAAGGAAGAGUGUGGCAAGAAACCAGACUUGGAUUACAUCAACGCGUGACCGGAUAUCGACUGCUGUUGGAUAUAGGGCGACGAGCUGUCGCCCGGAGAGCAGAGUUGAGAAAAUGUAUCUGGACGACAAUGAGCCUUUUAAAGGAUGUGAAAUCUCCCCAGACGGGCACAUUGUUGCUUUUUGGACCGACUUCAAGAUAACGAUCUACACAUCCAAUACGCUACCGUUGGCAGAUGCGGACGAGCCAACCCCAGUGGCAAAGUCAGCAGCAGUAUUCACGAUAUCGGAUUGUAUUUGGAAGUCUGUCAGCAUUACGGACAGAUACCUGGUGGCAUCUACAUCGGGAGCAAACUUCGAGUGUUACAUUUUUGACUUCCAAAGAGGGCCCUCGGUCGGCGAAAGCCUUCGAUAUCCACAUCGUCGGACCUUGCGAUUUCUCCCAGAAAUAAAACAGCUCGCCAUCUCACCCGACAGCAAAUCAAUUGUUUUUAUCUUGCGCGAUCCAGAUGACGAAAAUAAGCCCGGGACGCUAUACCGUGCUCCAGUCACAUCUGUGGAGAGCUGUCAGCGCCAAUGCGAACUAGACUGGCCUGCAGCAGAUGCUAUAAAGCUAUUCUUUGCAACUAACGAAGAUAUAUGGAUCAUCUUUCGACCGCACCUCACAUCUCGUGACUGGGAUCACAAAAUUCCGAUUUUUCAUAUCUCUCUUGAGUCAAAGCGGAUAGAUCCUCUGACAGUUGAACUGCAAGGUUUCGAUAUUAAUACUACGGUAGGGAUAUUUACGACCUUGGCACCCUUUAACAAGGUCAGUGAUGUCUGCGCAGUUGUCACUCGCGAAGACACGCUUCAUAUCAGGAGCCUCGAUCCAGUGGGCCCGAUCCCCUCAGUGGCAGCGGAUAUCCAUACUUAUCGAGUACUGAAAUUGAUGAUGGGCUGGGACGACAAACGACUAUUUGCAGUUGGCAAAAAAGCCGCUAACCAUAAGAUGCUCUUGUUGGAAAUGACAAUGCCUACACCUAGGAGAAAGGAGACAUUGAUUAAAGAACUGGCCGAGCUCCCAGGUCUCUCAGAUGACGAUGAAUUUACCGAAAGGUUGUCCUUCCAAGGGGACGAGAAAUUCAUUCUCAUCGCCGCCCUGACGAAUGACAACCGACGCGCUCUAUAUAGGUUCCGAAUUCUUUAA